AGCUGCUUCCGUGAGCGAAGCACCUGUGCGCUGCUGGAGGUGAUGCCAGAUUCAGGCAAGAACUAGCCUCGGUCUUUCGGGGGCCGGAACAGCCUCGAUCGGAGAUGCCCCGCGGGCAGAUGGAGGUGACCACGGCACGUGCUGCUGUGUGUUAAGAGCGAAGAAGUUACGGCACAAAAGUACUCUGUGAGCGCUAAGCUACUAAGUUGUCUGCUCCGGGAGCAUCAGGAAAGGCUUCCGUGUUGGGGAUGCUCUUAAAGGAAAGUCUGGGGAGAGACAGCAAGUCCUCUGCAGAGAGACCCUGCUUCUGAAGCAAAAAGCCCCGGCGUUAAACAGCCUGCCUCUCUGACUUGUGCCAAGUUGUGAGGCUUGUGUCUCACGUGGAUCUGGAAAAGUCACUCACUUCUUGGUGGCUUAAGGGAAAUUCUGAGGAAUAUAAAUCUCGGAGCAAGCGGGAUCUACAUUGGUGGAAGGAGUUUCCAUACUGGGACUUCCCUAUUCAACAUAAUUGCAGGUUCAGCUGUCCUAACUCUUCUUUUGGCCGGCUAUUGGGCACAGCAGUAUUUGCCUCUGCCUACUCCUAAAGUGAUAGGCAUUGACCUUGGGACCACCUACUGUUCAGUUGGGGCAUUUCUUCCUGGUACAGGAAAGGUGAAGGUCAUUCCAGAUGAAAGUGGUCAUAAUAGCAUACCCAGCAUGGUAUCUUUUACUGAAACUGAUGUUCAUGUAGGAUAUGAUGGAUUGGAGCUGGCAGAUUCAAAUCCACAAAAUACAAUAUAUGAUGCCAAACGAUUCAUAGGAAAGAUUUUCACCCAAGAAGAGCUGGAGACAGAAAGUAGUAGAUAUCCAUUUAAGGUGUUAAACAACAAUGGAACUGCUGAAUUUUCUGUGACAAGCAAUGGAACUAUCACUGUUUCUCCAGAAUAUAUCGGCACCCAACUGCUCUUGAAGCUGAAGAAAAUGGCAGAAGACUACUUCGGGAUGCCAGUGUCCAAUGCUGUUAUUUCUGUGCCAGCAGAAUUUGAUCUAAGGCAGAGAAAUUGCACUAUCCAGGCUGCAAAUCUGGCAGGAUUAAAAAUCUUAAGAGUAAUUAAUGAACCCACAGCUGCAGCUAUGGCUUAUGGACUUCACAAGGCAGAUGUUUUUAAUGUCUUGGUGGUAGAUUUGGGUGGAGGAACACUAGAUGUUUCCUUACUCAACAAACAAGGAGGAAUGUUUUUAACCCGAGCCAUGGCAGGAAAUAAUAAACUUGGAGGUCAAGAUUUCAAUCAGAGAUUGCUUCAAUACUUAUAUAAGCAGAUCUAUCAAACCUAUGGAUCCCUACCUUUCAGGAAAGAAGAAAUCCAUCGAUUAAGACAGGCUGUGGAAAUGGUCAAGUUAAAUCUGACUCUUCAUCAUUCCGCCUGGAUUUCAGUGUCACUUACUUUAGAGAAAACUAAAGACUUAAAAGAUUCUGCACAAAAUAAGGAACAUGAAAGUAAACCUUCAGAGGACAAACUGUCUCCAGAAAGUUCCCAUAAUAAGAAUAUUAUGUUCAGAGUUAAUUCUUCUGAAAGAGAUGGAAAACUGAGUCAGGUUCUUUUUGAAACAGAAAUCUCAAGGAAACUGUUUGAUACAUUGAAUGAGGAUCUCUUUCAGAAAAUUCUUGUGCCAAUUCAACAAGUGCUGAAAGAAGGAAAUCUGCAGAAGACUGAGAUUGAUGAAGUGGUUUUGGUAGGGGGGUCUACUCGUAUUCCCCGAAUACGCCAGCUGAUUCAAGAGUUCUUUGGAAAGAGUCCCAACACAUCUGUAGACCCUGAUCUGGCUGUUGUGAUGGGAGUAGCUAUUCAAGCAGGUAUUGAUGGUGGAUCUUGGCCUCUUCAAGUCAGUGCUAUAGAAAUUCCCAAUAGACAUUUAAGAAAGACCAACUUCAAUUGAAUUAAUCCAUCUCACCUAGUGACCAUUUUCUCUUUAUUAUACCUCUUUAAUACAACAAAUGGCAAAAGUAAAGCCAAGAUACUUUAAUGAAGAUGAUUCUCAAAUUUACCAGGAAAUAGCAACAUCUAGGUGUUGGUGAAUUUCACAUAACACUUAAUUUAAAAUUAACUGUCUCCCCAGGCUCCUUCCUCCACUCUAUAGUCAUUCUUUUGAAUGCAUCUUUUUCCAUAGGAAAGAUAUAUUCAAAAGUGAUGCAUGUUAAAUGAAUUCUCAUAUGACGGUCAUCUAGAAUACCGGGCAUAUAGGACAGAAAAGAUCAUAAGCAUUAUUUAUAAUUGCAUUUUGUAAAAAUAGAAUAGUGCCAUUUGUAAGAUAUAGUUUCCUACCAAAUUUUAUUAGUGGAAGUUGUCAGGUUGUUUAAUGUUACUAGUACUUUGAAAUAUCUGUCCUGAAAGUGUUGCUAUGACACUUGGCCCCAGCCCCAGGUAUUUACAGUGAAUAGAAAAUAAAGCUCAGCAGUAUUAAUACUGACAACAUCUAUAAUGCUCACCAUUACCUUAUCCAAACUAUUUUUGUUAAAUUGAUGUAAAAUUGACCCUCAAAAAUCAAAAUGUCAUGUAAUACUUGUUGAUAAUGUUUUGCUUUAAAGAACUACUGGAAAAAUGCCAAAGAUGAAUUAAAUUAUGGGAGAAAUUAUGCUUUCUUGUACUUUUGAAACUUUUAGGUUUUGAAAUUUCAGAUAUUCUUUUUCAGGGUGCUUAAAAAGUUUCCUAAUGUUCAAAUUUCCAUACUAUAUAGAUUUUUAGCCCAAAAGUAAAUAAGUAAAUAAGUCAAUUUUAUCUAAUAUAUUUGCAUUGGUUUUCAUAAAACACUUUAAAAAUUUUGAGCAUUCAAAAAAUGAUUUUUCCCAUAAUUUAAAAAUGUUGUAGAAAAAGAAAAGAGCAGUAUAGGUCCUUUGGAUAAUGACUUUGUGUCCUUCAUUACAUUUGAACCAUUAAGAAAAGUGAAGUCUAAACAAAAAAGUUAUGUUGUUGAGUAAGGAAUGUAAUUUUUAACUUUUUAAACUCUAAAAGUGUUUAAUUAGUUCUACAAUGCAAAUAUGAACAGCAGAAAUAAUAUUUUUCACAUUCCAAAAAUAAUAUCCAUUUUCUAUGGAUUUUCUCCCAUUUUCUACCUCUCAACGCUUAAUGUAGUCCAGGAAGGGAAUUUGUGCCCCCCAGAUUCCCUCAUGCAAACUGGGGUAGCUUUACAAAAUUUUGGAGGCACUGAGUAGUAACUAUUCAUAGAUAUCUCAGCUAUUGGAUCUGGUUUAUAUGAGAAAAAUAGUAUGACAUCUGUAUGGGAUAAUUUAUAUGUAAAUUUUUUUUUCCCUUUUAAGGACAUAAUUCAUUUUGGAUGUAUAUGUAGCUUAUGGUUUCUAGUAUACAGUAUUUUU